GCACCGCGCGGGUGCAGCCACGAUGGAAGGGGGUGCGUACGGAGCGGGCAAAGCCGGGGGCGCCUUCGACCCCCACACCCUGGUCCGGCAGCCGCACACCAUCCUGCGCUUCGUGUCGUGGGUGUUCUCCAUCGUGGUGUUCGGCUCCAUCGUGAACGAGGGCUACCUCAACAGCAAUACGAAGGGCGAGGAGUUCUGCAUCUACAACCGCAACCCCAGCGCCUGCAGCUAUGGCGUGGCGGUGGGCGUGCUGGCCUUCCUCACCUGCCUGCUCUACCUGGCCCUGGACGUGUACUUCCCCCAGAUCAGCAGCGUGAAGGACCGCAAGAAAGCUGUCCUGUCCGACAUCGGCGUCUCGGCCUUCUGGGCCUUCCUCUGGUUUGUGGGCUUCUGCUACCUGGCCAACCAGUGGCAGGUCUCCAAGCCCGAGGACAACCCAAUGAACGAAGGGACAGACGCCGCCCGGGCCGCCAUCACCUUCUCCUUCUUCUCCAUCUUCACGUGGAGCCUGACUGCAGCCCUGGCCGUGCAGAGAUUCAAGGACCUUGCCUUCCAGGAAGAAUACAACACUCUGUUUCCCGACUCGGCACAGCCGUAGGCCCCCCACUUCCAGGGGCAGGGAGCCCUGUGUGGGCCCAGUGGCAAGGCUGGGGGGCACCUGGAGUGGGCAGGACGCUAGGGCGUGCAGGGCAGUGGAAGGCUGGCUAGGGAGGCCAGAUGAGACUCAGCACCCACUCAUGCGCUGCCUCUUUUGUUCACUCUCGGUGUGUCUAUUCAUCCAGUAAACAUUUAUUGAGCAGUGCUUUUGUGCCUAGUGAUACAUCGAUGGGGUCCCUGGGCCCGGAGCCACAGGCUGGGGAGGAGAGGACACACAGCCGCUGUCUGCCCCAGAUGGACUACCCUAGCCGCUGGAGGGCUGAGGUGGCUCCGUGCCAGCUGCCAGGUGCAAGCCGUGGGUGAGCCCCGUGGAGGCUGGCUGCUGCGGCCCGCUGCUCUGCUCUCAGGUGCUGUGUGACCCUAGGCAAAGUCCUGUACCUCUCUGAACCGCAGUCUACUCGGCUGGGCUGGGGAGUGACAGUGGCCCAACCUCUCAGGCUAUUGCGUGGGAGAAACAAAAGCUGGCACAGGGUUUGCACAGAGAUGCUCAAUAAAUGUGAGUUCAUUUGUUCAUUCAUUCGUCCAUUCUCUCCACGGAGCCUGGGGCCUUGCUGACGACUCAAGGGUGCUGAGGCACCCCAGGGGAACUUUUCACCCGCUGCUUUUCCAGGCUCCUGCAUCUGAGCCCUCAGCACCAGCACCUCAGACAACACAGUGGAAAGUAUAGGGGGAAAAUACUGACCUCAGCCCAACUCCUGCCGGCUGCUCUGCCUUCCCCAGGCCCCUGGCACUUGACUUCACGCAGCCCCUUCCAGACAGAGCUGCCCUCAGAGCUUUCUUCAGUGACACAAGCAAAAGUCAGUGCCUCAUCACUGGACUUCUGGAACUUUCUGGAACAAAACGCCAAGCACUCUUGGCUCCCUACCUCUCACUGGGCAACCCUUUUGGGUUCUUGGUUGACUAAUUGCCUCUUGGGGGAACUGAUCAAAGGGGAGAAGGUGAAGAGAGCCCUGGCCUCGGAAAGGGCAGGACCCCAGUGUUCGGGUCUGGAUUCUGGCACUAACUCUGCCCAGACACCUUCCUCUGUAAGCUUCAGUCCUUCCAGCCCCCAAAGAGGUGUAUGCAUGCAUUUCUCCAUACAGCAGUUUCCCUGAGCUGGAAACAUCUCUGGAGAUGUUUGUAAAUGUGUAAUAAUUUCAUCCACUCCCUAGCUUGGUGUGGUCAGCGUCAUCCUUAACACUAAUGGACAGUUGGCCCUGAACAACUCGGGUUUGAAUGUGUGGGUCUGCUUCCUCCUGGAAUGUUCUCUGUCCGUGGGUUUGCAUUCACGAAUUCAACCACCCUCAGAGGUUGCUUGGUGGACCAAACAGCUGUGGAAGCCACUGAUACAGAGGCCACACUAAGCAACUUGAAUAGCCACAGACUGUGGUAUGGGGCAGGAGGGAGGGGUGUGUGUGUGUCCUGCAGAUACCAAGGGAUGAGUGUUAAGUUUGGGGGGAAUCCCAAGUUAAAUACGGAUUUUCAACCGCGGGGGUGUGGGUGCAGGGUUGGCAUCCUAACCCCUGUGUUGUUCAGGGUCAACUGUAAUUGUCGAUCUUGAAAAAACUUUUCCUACCCGUGCAUGUGUGCUGCCGGCAGGUCUUUCUCAGUUGCUCCUGUGAAGGGCCUUGGUGGUGAGACAGGCUGACUAUUCUUACUGUAGCUUCCUGCUUGGGGACCCCAGCUUACAGAUCGUCAAAAGCUCUGAAACUUGUUUACUCUGUGUAACUCAGCUUUCUAAACUUGUUUCAUUAGCGUUUCUGUUAGAAUUAGGUUUAGCAGCCAGUGACUGAAAUCCCAAACAGCAGUAGUUUAAAUGGAGUUCAAGUUGGAAGGCUGCCCAGGGCUGGUGUAAUGACCCAGACCUGUCCCGUCCCUGCAGUUAGAGGUUCGGUCCUCAUGGUCCAUCAUGGCAGCUGGAGUUCCAGCUCUCACAUCUGCAUUCCAAGCAACAGAUCAGAGGUGGGACAGAGAAGUUGGGGUAAACCAUUGGCCACAACUAAGUCACACGGCUCUGGCAAGCUGCGAGAGAGACAGACGGCUUCUAGGAAAUGCCGCGAGUGUUCUGUCCUGCCAAAACACGUCUCCCCACCCCCACAUUUCACAUAACACCCCUGAGAAUACAGUUUGAGUGGGAAGCUGUCACCCUUUGGGUCAUUUUAACACUCUACAUUGGAAACUCUAAAAUUUUUGGUGACUGAGAAUGACCUCUGGGUUCAGGGACAAAGGGCGACUGACUUCUGAGACUCUUUCUGGCUGGACGAGGAUUCUGGGCCCCUUGGGGGGUGCCCUGGAGGACGGUCAUCCUUGGCUCUGUCAAGCUUGGUUUAUCUCUGGUGCUUUGGGGAUAUUUAACUCUCUAUUACCCGUGUCCUGUGAACUAACACCACUAACCCGCGCUCUUGUCUGUCUCUCCCCUAACCAUCCCCUCCCCCCGUCCUUGUCCCUGCCGG